UUUCAACGUUUUUUUUAUUCGUUGGCGUGACAACACAUCGUCAUGAGUGAACAGAGUAUCUGCCAGGCGCGGGCCGCUGUCAUGGUGUACGAUGAUGCCAAUAAGAAGUGGGUCCCAGCUGGCGGCUCCACGGGCUUCAGCCGGGUCCACAUCUACCACCACACCGGUAACAACGCCUUCCGCGUGGUGGGGCGCAAGAUCCAGGACCAUCAGGUGGUGAUAAACUGUGCCAUUCCCAAGGGGCUGAAGUACAACCAGGCCACGCAGACCUUCCACCAGUGGCGUGACGCCAGGCAGGUCUACGGCCUCAACUUCGGCAGCAAGGAGGACGCCAACGUAUUCGCCAGUGCCAUGAUGCACGCCCUGGAGGUGCUCAACUCCCAGGAAACAGGCCCCACAUUGCCAAGGCAGGCCCCCCAGGUGCAGAAUGGCCCCACACCAGAGGAGCUGGACCUACAGAGAAGUCAUCACCGCCCCUGGAUGUCGCUCCUGUGCUGGGCCUUGUUCUGUCUCCCCUGUAAGCCCCCUCUGCUGAGGUGUCUGAAGGAGAGGAGAGUCAUGGCGCUGAUGGAUGUGGUCCUGGUGCCUGUGGAACACUCCGCCAUCCGUUAG